AUGUCGACGUCGGUCUUCCUGGUGCUAGUGCUGGCCCUCCUAGUGACUGGUGAGGCCGAACCUGCUACCGAAUUCAUGGAGGCCUCGGACGGCGGUACCGCCUCCCUACCUUGUAACCUCACUCCCGUUGUAACUCCUGAUAAAAUCAGUGUCGUUUUGUGGUACAAAGGCGUGGACGAAUCACCGAUUUACAAGUACGACUUACGCGGAAGUCAGCCCGUGCGUUGGGCUGACUCAUCCCUGCAGAACAGGUUUUUUCUGAGAAUUCUGGACGAUAACAGAGCGGCCAUGAGUAUUUCGCCGACAAGACUUGGCGAUGAGCAGAUGUUUCAUUGCAGAGUUGAUUUCCUAAAGUCCCCUACGAGAAUGACUCGAGUCAACUUGACGAUUAUUGCACCCGCCCGGGUCAACAGUGAAAGUUAUGAUGAAAUAAUAGCAAUCCUCAGUGGGCAUUUCGCGCCUCGCACUUCAGAGAUGGUGUGCCGAUUCAAAUUCUAUAGACGUAGUCAACAGCCAGAAGCAUUGCUGGUUUCAUCAAGGAACUUCGUCAUUUGGAAGAAAAUUGAUGUUUUGGCGGGACCCUGGAGACAAUGA